UUUGAAAUUCCAUAAGUGUUGGCAGCAGAGUCACUCGACACGCCCACAGUAUUUGAGAUAUAUUUAAGAAGGGAAUGAGUGUGAAUUCUGCUCAACUGCAGUUUUGAAUUUCACUGUUUAAAGAUGGAUGUACAGCUCGUGCCAUUUUUCAUCGUCUGUCUGCUUUCCACUGUUUAUAGUGAAGGCUCAGUAGAGUUCUGCUAUAACUCGCCAGGAUGCAAUGCAACCACAUGGCCUACUAUAGCACCACUCUAUUGCAAUGGCACUCGUCAAUCUCCUAUCAAUAUUGUGACUGCUGAUGUGAAGGCUGAUAAUAACCUGACAGCUUUCAGCUUCACUGGCUUUAAUGACAGCUCCACCUUCAUAAACAUUCAAAACACUGGAAAGUCAGUCAAAAUCCAUCUUGAUGAUCAAAAGAUGAGCGUGUCAGGAGGAGGCCUUCAGAACAAGUACAAGUCCAAAGAGUUCCACAUUCACUGGGGCAACGGCUCCUCUUUCAGUGGAUCUGAACACACUGUGGAUGGCAAACAAUAUGCAAUGGAGAUGCACAUAGUAAAUCUUAGGGCUGAUGUAUCCGUGGCUGCUGCCAAUGACUCAACAGCAUAUGCUGUUCUUGGUUUCUUCAUUGAAGCAACCAAUGACAGUGGCAAACCAGAGAGCUGGAAGAACCUCACCUCAUUCUUAUCAAACAUUCCUAAAAAAGGUGACUUACUGGACAUUAUGAAUCAACUUACUGUAGAUAGUCUGCUUGAAGGAGUGGACCGGACUAAAUAUUACCGUUACCUUGGCUCUCUGACUACACCAGCAUGUAAUGAAAUUGUGGUAUGGACUGUAUUCAAAGACCCAGUCAAAGUCAGCAAAGAUUUGAUUGAUCUUUUCAGCAACACAGUGCACAUCGAUACAACUGCCGAUCCUUUCAUCACCAACAACUACAGAAUACUUCAGGCUCUAAAUGGCAGGGUUGUGACAUCCCAACCAACUUCAUCAGCAAACACAACUUCAUCAGCAAGCACACUUCAUCACACUCUGUCCAUCAGCACAGCGCUCCUCUACUGUGUAUUUUUUUGGUGUUUGUAGUCCCUGUCUAACAAGACAGCAGUGUGAUAAUCAGAGUGUUUGUUUAGUCUAGACACUUGUUUCCACUGAAUGUUUCAAUCAGACCCAAAUUAAUUAAUGUGCAUUCAUGUGCAAUGUUUAAAUUAUUAUUAAAUUACUGUAUUUAUUCUCUUAAAAAAAAUUUAAACUUCCAAAAAUAACUACAAAAAUGAAGAAAAUAUAUAGCCUUAUUAUAGAGAGAGGGACUGUAAUAGUUGUGCAAUAUUAUGUGUAGUCUUUGUAUAUGGUGGUGGGGGGGGGGUUGGGUGGGUGGUGGGGAUGGGGUCGGGGUGGUGUUAUGGCAUGUACAGUCUGUCUGUUUGAUUCCCAACAUUUUCAAUUUAAGUGUAACUUAAAAGCAUUAUGAUGUACACUCACUGAACACUAUAUUAGGAACACUAAUACUGGGUAGGACUUCCCGUUGCUUUCAUAACAGCCUUAAUUCUUUGUGACAUGGAUUCUACAAGAUGUUGGAAACAUUCCUUUGAGAUUCUGGUCCAUGUUGAUGUGGUAAGGCAGCACUAAUGACUAAAUUUAUAAAUUAAAUAGCUAAAUUUAAUUUAAAAUUAAAAAUAAGAAUUUGUUUUUAUUUGAUUAUUUCUUUCCUCAAAGUAUAAAAAAAACCCAACUAGCCCACCCUGGUAAAUUUGUCCAACGAAUGAAAUAACUCCAGGUCUUAGUUUACAUCUCAAUGUUCUUUGUGCAAUGGAAGGUUUAAAUUACAACAUUGAAAUCUUUGGAGUCCCAAUCAUGGAACCACCUCAGGAAAAGGCCAUAGCCUAAAUCCAUUACACAGAUGCACCAAAUAUGCAGUAAUUGUGUCAAUUCUUAAAUAAUUAGCAAGAAAGAGACAAAAAAAAAAAGAAGAAAAAUAAUAUAAAACAUACACACACACACACACACACACACACACACACACACACACACACACACACACACACACAACUAUCACAAAAAAACCUCACGAAGCUGAGGCUUAC